UUUCAUGCAUACGUGCAGAUUCUUGCCGUCCCAGCAUUGCUUUGCGUGCCGUCCAUCGACCGCUCGAACUGACUGCUACCCUCCUCCAUCCAUUCAGCCAUACUCUUCCAUCCAUUAUGCAUAUAGCUCGUCUCCUCGUCCCCAUUUUGUAGCUUGUCUUGUUGCGAGCAUUUGUGUGAUUGUGAAACUCGAGUCGCUGUUGUGAUGACUCGUUUGUUCCUGGAUUGAAACAGGAGAAACUAUUACAGUCUGUUUGCGAGCAUGAGCAUGGCCAGGCUUUCUCUUUCUUUGCUCAUGAUAAUACUGUUUUGGACAUUGAGCAGAUGUGCAGAGCUAGAACAGUGGAACAUUUUGCGUCCUCGUCCUCAUCCUCCGCGGAGAAUCAACUAUACCUUCUACAACGUGCUGGAUUAUGGCGCACUUUCUGAUGGCGUCUCGGACGAUUCUGAGGCAUUUUUGGCAGCCUGGUCAGCCGCUUGCGAAUCAAACUACUCGGUGAUGGUCAUACCCGAAAACGGGACUUAUUUGCUCCAGCCUACCGUUUUUCCGGGUCCUUGUGGUUUGGGAAUGAAAGUGCAGCUGGAUGGUGUUCUAGUUGCCCCUGGAUUUUUCGACUGGAACAGCACAAAUCGCCGUCAGUGGCUGCGGUUUCAGCAUCUGGAUGGCUUCACUUUGGAAGGAACUGGAACAAUUGACGGGCAAGGAGAAUCGUGGUGGGAGCAGUCUUGCAAACGCAAUCAUUCCAACCCCUGCCACCCCGCACCGGAGGCACUUACAAUCAAAAGCUGCAAUAGUACCACCGUCCGGAAUCUACAUUUCGUCAACAGCCAGCAAAUGCAUCUGGUUUUUGACACUGGAGUAAACAUCCGGGCAAUCGGGCUGAACAUCAGCGCACCGCAGAAAAGCCCGAACACAGAUGGCAUCCACCUCCACGACGUGCAAAGCGGAUUCAUCCAAGAUUGCGUGAUUGCCACAGGUGAUGACUGCAUUUCGAUCCAAACCGGAAGCUCGAGAAUUCACAUCAAGAAUGUCUACUGCGGUCCUGGUCACGGAAUAAGCAUUGGAAGCCUCGGAAAAGAUGGCUCGGCUGGGAAUGUUCGUGCUGUUGUAGUAGACGGGGCCGUCUUAAAUGGAACAACAAACGGCUUAAGAAUCAAGUCCUGGCAGGGAGGCCGUGGCAAAGUGUAUGGAGUCCUGUACCAAAACGUGAGAAUGAUCGGCGUCGCAAAUCCCAUUAUCAUCGAUCAGUACUACUGCGACUCGUCCGUUCCCUGUCUUAAUCAGACCUCCGGAGUGGAAGUGAGUGGAAUUGUCUACCGAAACAUCACAGGGACGUCGUCCACGGCGGUGGCAGUGAGAUUCGCGUGCAGCGAUUCAGUCUCCUGCCAUGGGAUCGUGCUCAUGGACGUGAAUCUCACCAGCGUCAAAGCGAAGAGCAGCGUGAGCUCCUUUUGCGAGAACGCACAGGGGAUCGCGGUGGGCGAGAAUUCUCCCCAGGGCUGCUUUGGCGACGAGGAAGACGAAGAAGAACGCGCGUCUUCCUCCAUUUGAAAGGAGCGAGCGAGCGAGCGAGCGAGAGCGAGAGAGAGAGAGAGAGAGAGAGAGAGAGAGGCAAAUGAGCCCACGUGUCGUAUUUGCGGCCGUUUAUUUUUAAUCGCCGCCCGUACACCUGGUGGGCCGUACGGACGCGUCACGCGAAUCGCUAUUUACCUCAGGAAUCGAGUAAUUGGGAUUUUUUUUUA